CGUAAAGGGAUCAAAGCGGACCCGAUCGACGCGGCAGGGAAUCCCAAUCGCUAUUCUCCUUAUCCCUUCAUCUUCGACGUCGCGCUCGACGUCCCCGGGACCGCUCUCACUAGAAGCGGCUGAAGGCACACAAUGUCGGCGUACGAUCACUCCAGGGUUCAGCAGUUCAUAGGAGGCAACUCCAUUGACAAGGCCGGCGCAGGCAGCGUCGCGGACUUUGUCAAGUCUCAUGGCGGCCAUACGGUCAUAACGAAGGUCCUCAUCGCGAACAAUGGUAUUGCCGCGGUCAAGGAGAUUCGAUCUGUGCGCCAAUGGUGCUACGAGACCUUCGGCCGCGAGCGCGAGAUCGAGUUCACGGUCAUGGCUACACCAGAGGACCUGAAGAUCAACGCAGAGUACAUUCGCAUGGCCGACAACUACAUCGAGGUCCCCGGAGGCACCAACAACAAUAACUAUGCGAACGUCGAUCUCAUCGUUGACAUUGCUGAGCGUGCUGGCGUCCACGCCGUCUGGGCAGGCUGGGGCCACGCGUCGGAAAACCCUCGCCUCCCGGAAAGCCUCGCGGCCAGCAAGAACAAGAUCGUCUUCAUAGGUCCUCCGGGCUCUGCCAUGCGUAGCUUGGGCGACAAGAUUUCCAGUACCAUCGUCGCUCAGCACGCGCAGGUCCCCACCAUGCCAUGGUCCGGCAGCGGCAUAGCCGACACGGAGAUGUCCGCCGGCGGCUUCGUCACUGUCCCCGACAAAGCGUACAAGGACGCGUGCGUGACGAACGUCGAGGAGGGCCUGCAGAGGGCGGAGCAGAUCGGCUACCCCGUCAUGAUUAAGGCUAGCGAGGGCGGCGGCGGCAAGGGUAUUCGCAAGGUCGAGCACCCGGACGCGUUCAAGAAUGCGUUCCACGCCGUCGCCGGCGAGAUCCCUGGGUCACCCAUCUUCAUCAUGAAGCUCGCGGGGCAGGCGCGCCACCUCGAGGUGCAGCUGCUGGCAGACCAAUACGGUAACGCGAUUUCGCUAUUUGGGCGUGAUUGCUCCGUGCAGCGGCGUCACCAGAAGAUCAUUGAGGAGGCGCCUGUCACGAUUGCGAAGGAGGAAACCUUCGAGCAAAUGGAGCGCGCUGCGGUGCGUCUCGCGAAGCUCGUUGGAUAUGUCAGCGCUGGGACGGUCGAGUACCUCUACAGCCCAUCGGAAGACUACUUCUACUUCCUCGAGUUGAACCCGCGUCUGCAGGUCGAGCACCCGACAACCGAGAUGGUGUCAGGCGUGAACCUCCCUGCAGCGCAGCUCCAGGUGGCCAUGGGAAUCCCCCUUCACCGCAUUCGCGACAUUCGCCAGCUCUAUGGCGUCGCACCAACCGCGGCCUCCGAGAUAGACUUCGACAUGAUCAACCCUGACUCGACCGCCACGCAGCGCAAGCCGCGUCCCAAGGGCCACGUCGUCGCCGUCCGCAUCACCGCCGAGAACCCUGACGCAGGCUUCAAGCCCUCGUCUGGGUCCCUGCAGGAACUCAACUUCCGCUCGAGCACGAACGUCUGGGGCUACUUCUCCGUCAGCACCGCGGGCGGUCUGCACGAGUUCGCGGACUCGCAGUUCGGGCACAUCUUCGCGUACGGCGAGGACCGCGAGGAGAGUCGGAAGAACAUGAUCGUCGCGCUCAAGGAGAUCAGCAUCCGCGGUGACUUCCGCACCACCGUCGAGUAUCAGGUCAAGCUUCUCGAGCUCGACGCGUUCAAGAACAACACGAUCACGACCGGUUGGCUCGACUCGCUCAUCAGCAGCAAGCUGACCGCCGAGCGCCCCGACCCGACGCUCGCUGUCAUCUGCGGCGCUGUCACCAAGGCGCAUCUCGCGUCCGAGGCGUGCUGGACGGAGUACAAGCGCGUGCUAGAGAAGGGCCAGGUCCCCGCGAAGGACACGCUCAAGACGGUGUUCAGCAUCGACUUCAUCUACGAGAACGUGCGAUACUCGUUCACCGUCACGCGCUCUUCCCGAAAUGCAUGGACGCUCUACCUCAAUGGUGGCCGGACGAUGGUUGGUGCGCGCCCGCUGGCGGAUGGCGGCUUGCUAGUAGCGCUUGACGCUCGCAGUCACUCGGUGUACUGGCGCGAGGAGGUUGGCGCGCUGCGUCUGAUGGUCGACGCGAAGACGUGCUUGAUCGAGCAGGAGAACGACCCGACGCAGCUUCGCAGCCCGAGUCCGGGUAAGCUCAUCCGGUACUUCGUCGACAGUGGCGACCAUAUCGGUGCGGGCCAACCGUACGCGGAGAUUGAGGUCAUGAAGAUGUACAUGCCUCUCGUCGCGUCAGAAGACGGUGUCGUCCAGCUCAUCAAGCAGCCCGGUGUCAGCCUUGAGCCCGGCGACAUUCUCGGUAUACUCACCCUGGACGACCCCGCCCGCGUCAAGCACGCCAAACCCUUCGAGGGCCUGCUCCCCGCCACUGGCCCUCCGGGCGUCAUCGGCAACAAGCCCUACCAGCGCUUCCUCCGCUGCAUCGGCAUCCUGAACGACAUCCUUGAUGGCUUCGACAACCAGGCCAUCAUGGCGUCGACGCUCAAGGACCUCAUCGAUGUCCUGCACGAUCCUGACCUCCCCUUCUCGGAGAUGAGCGCGAUCUUGUCUUCUCUCUCAGGCCGUAUCCCGGCAAAGCUCGAGGACAGCAUCCGUGCGACGCUUGAGGCGGCGAAGGCGAAGAACGAUGGGCACGAAUUCCCCUCUGCGCGCCUCAAGAAGCUCGUCGAGCACUACGCGCAGGACAGCGUGCUCCCGCAAGACCGUGCGAUGUUCCGCGCGUCGCUCGCGGGCAUCUACGACGUCCUCGACCGCUUCGCAGGUGGCCUGAAGGGGCACGAGCUGGAGACGAUUGCGGGCCUGCUCAGCCGCUACGUCGACACCGAGAAGCUGUUCGGUGGCAGCAUCGAGGCGCGCAUUCUUGCCUUGCGCGAGAAGUACAAGGACGACCUUGACCAGGUUGCGUCGCUCGCGCUCAGCCACAUCAAGGCGCAGAGCAAGGGCAAACUUGUGCUGGCGCUGCUCGACUACGUCAAGACGAGCGGGCUGAACAUCUCGACCGCGGACAACCACUUGUACGAGGCGUGCCAGAAUCUGGCUGCUUUGGAGGCGAAGUCGUCAACCGCUGUGUCGUUGAAGGCGCGCGAGGUCCUCAUCAUGGGCCAGAUGCCUUCGUACGAGGAGCGUCAUAGUCAGAUGGAGAGCAUCCUCAAGCAUGCAGUCACCAAUCAGUUCUACGGCGAGCAGGAGACGGCAUCAAGAACGCCAUCGGCCGAGGUGUUGAAGGAGCUUAGCGAUUCGAGGUAUACCGUUUACGAUGUGUUGCCGGCGUUCUUCAAUCACAAGGACCCGAUGGUGACGUUGGCUGCUCUCGAGGUCUACGUGCGUCGCGCCUACCGCGCGUACACGUUGUUGUCCAUCGACUACGAGGAGGGCGACAACCUCGACGAUGGCGACAACCCCAAUGUCCUUACGUGGCGCUUCAACAUCGGGCAGUCGCACUCCCCGCCCUCGACGCCGAGACUCACCGAAAGCCGUCGUACCGCAUCCGUUAGCGACUUGUCGUACCUCGUGAACCGUCAUCAGUCGCAGCCCGUCCGCACCGGUGCCAUCGCAUCGUUCCCCAACCUCCCCACACUGAAGCGCGGGUUCAAGCAUGUCGCCUCGCUGCUGCCCGUCUUCGACACCGAGGAGUACCGCGAGCGCUACGGCAAGGUGCAGCCCCCCAACGUCUUGAACUUGGCCCUGCGCAUCUUUGAGCGGGAAGACGAUAUGCCGGAGGAUGAGUGGGCUACGCAAAUCGCCGAAUUCGUGAACGCCAACAAGGACGAGCUGGACUACCGUGGCGUGCGUCGCGUCUCCGUGCUCAUCUGCCGUAAGGGCCAGUACCCUGUGUACUUCACCAUGCGCGACAUCGAUGGCGUGUGGAAGGAGGAGCAGGCUAUCCGCAACAUUGAGCCCGCUCUCGCCUUCCAGCUAGAGCUCAGGCGGCUGUCCAACUACAACCUCAAGCCGUGGUUCGUCGAGGCAAAGCAGAUCCACAUCUACCACGCCGUCGCCCGCGAGAACCAGCUCGACCAGCGCUUCUUCGUGCGUGCGCUCGUCCGCCCUGGCCGCCUGCGCGGCAGCAUGAGCACCGCAGAGUAUCUCAUCUCAGAGACGGAUCGCCUUGUCACGAGCAUUCUCGACGCGCUCGAGGUUGUCAGCGCUCAGCACCGCGCCGCUGACUGCAACCAUAUCUUCAUUAACUUCGUCUACAACCUCGCGGUCACGUACGACGACGUGUUGGAGGCCGUCGCUGGCUUCAUCGAGCGUCACGGCAAGCGUCUGUGGCGCCUGCAUGUCACAGGUUCCGAGAUCCGCAUCGCGCUCGAGGACGAUGAGGGCAACAUCACCCCCAUCCGCUGUGUCAUUGAGAACGUCGCCGGCUUCGUCGUCAACUUCCACGGCUACCAGGAGAUCACGACGGACAAGGGCACGACCAUCUUGAAGUCCAUCGGCGAGAAGGGCCCGCUUCACUUGCAGCCUGUGCACCAAGCGUACCCGACGAAGGAGUCCUUGCAGCCGAAGCGUUACCAGGCUCACCUCAUCGGCACCACAUACGUGUACGACUUCCCGCAGCUCUUCGCCAAAGCCUUGAACAACGUCUGGCUCGAGGCCCGCAAGGUCGACCCUUCGCUUACUAUCCCCAAGAAUGUACUCGAGUCGCGCGAGCUCGUGCUUGAUGAGCAUGACCAGAUUGCCGAGGUCGACCGCGCGCCGGGAAACAACACCUUCGGCAUGGUCGGCUGGGUGUACACGUUGAGGACGCCAGAGUAUCCGAGCGGACGGAGGGUGGUCGUCAUCGCCAACGACAUCACGUACAAGAUUGGCUCCUUCGGCCCCGUCGAGGACCAGUUCUUCUACCAGGUCAGCCAGUACGCCCGCGACCAAGGCCUCCCGCGCAUCUACCUAUCUGCAAACUCUGGCGCGCGUAUCGGUCUUGCCGAGGAGAUCUUCCCUCUGUUCUCGGUUGCCUGGAACGACGACGCGCACCCGGAGAAGGGUAUCGACUACCUCUACCUCACGCGCGAGAACUUCUUGAAGGUGCAGGAGAAGAGCCCUGGGGCUGUUCGUACCAUCGAGGUGCAGGCCGGUGAUCAGCGCCGUCACAAGAUCACGGACAUCAUCGGUCUGCAAGACGGUAUCGGUGUAGAGUCUCUGCGCGGCUCCGGUCUCAUUGCAGGCGAGACUUCGCGCGCUUACGAUGAUAUCUUCACCAUCACCCUCGUCACUGGUCGCUCAGUCGGUAUCGGUGCUUACCUUGUCCGCCUUGGCGAGCGUGCCGUUCAGGUCGAGGGCCAGCCUAUCAUCCUCACCGGUGCCCAGGCACUCAACAAGGUCCUUGGCCGUGAGGUCUACACGUCGAACUUGCAGCUCGGCGGCACGCAGAUCAUGUUCAAGAACGGCGUGUCGCACUUGACGGCGAGCAGCGACCUGCAGGCCGCGCAGCACAUCAUGCAGUGGUUGUCUUACAUCCCCGAGUUCAAGCUGGCGCCUCUCCCGAUUCGUGUCAACGGCGACACAUGGGACCGCGACAUCUCGUACACGCCGCCGAAGGGCCCCUACGACCCGCGCUGGUUCAUCGAGGGCAAGCGCGACGAGAGCACCGAGGAGUGGCUUCCAGGCAUCUUCGACCGCGGCUCCUUCCAAGAGACCCUCAGUGGCUGGGCGCAGACUGUCGUCGUCGGCCGCGCUCGCCUUGGCGGUAUCCCCAUGGGUGUCAUCGCCGUUGAGACGCGCACGAUGGAGCGCAUCGUCCCCGCCGACCCCGCUAACCCGUCAUCCUUCGAGCAGCGCAUCAUGGAGGCCGGCCAGGUUUGGUACCCCAACUCCGCCUACAAGACCGCGCAGGCCAUCUUCGAUUUCAACCGCGAGGGUCUCCCGCUCAUCAUCUUCGCCAACUGGCGUGGCUUCUCCGGUGGCCAGCAGGACAUGUACGACGAGAUCCUCAAGCAGGGCUCCAAGAUUGUCGACGGCCUCUCCGCGUACAAGCAGCCCGUGUUCGUGUACAUCGUGCCGAACGGCGAGUUGCGCGGUGGCGCUUGGGUCGUGCUGGACCCGUCGAUCAACUCGGAGCAGAUGGAGAUGUACGCGGACGUCGACGCGCGCGCUGGUAUCCUCGAGCCCGAGGGUAUCAUCGAAAUCAAGAUGCGCCGUGACAAGAUCCUCUCCCUGAUGGAGCGUCUCGACCCGACAUACGCGGCAUUGAAGAAGGACAGCAAGGACCCGUCGAAGAGCCCCGAGGAGCAAGCCGCUGCCGCUUCGCAGCUCGAGGCGCGCGAGUCUGAUCUUGCACCGACCUACAAGCAGCUCGCUCUCUUGUACGCCGAUCUUCAUGAUCGCACCGGUCGCAUGGAGGCAAAGGGUUGCGCAAAGCCCACACAAUGGAAGAAUGCCCGCCGCCACUUCUACUGGGCAACCCGCGCCCGCGUCGCUCGCUCUGCCGCCCUCGCCCAACUCGCCGAAGCCAGCCCGGGCUCCUCCUUCGAGUACCGCUCCGGCCUCCUCGACACCCUCGCCGGCAUCGACGCCACCACGCCACACCGCACCGCCGCCGAGAAGCUCGAGGCGCUCGACAUCAGCGGCACGCUCGUCAAGCUGCAGGCCGACCACCUCAUGCGCCGGCUCGUGCAGCUCACGCGCGAGGACCGGAAGGCGUCGCUCGACAGCAUGAUGCGCCUCGCGGACAACCUCUCGGACGACGAGCGCCAGUCACUGAUCGAUGCGCUGCAGGGCGCGGGCCGCUCGCCUGGGCCUCCCUCGUACACCGCCCCCUAAAAUGCACGGACGACGUCCGUUUCUUUUGUAUCCUUUGCAUACUCAUAUCAAUCUGUUGUCUUGUAUCACCAUCUCAUACAUAUAGAAUAUCUGGUUCGCAUACAGUACGCAUUGUUUUCCUUCCCUUGCUAGAAAUGACACUAAUGGUAGUAUACGAAUCGCUACGUACUUACGCUCAAUGACAUGGCGAUAUUCCUCUGAUAAUUUUCUGAGCGAGAAGUAUGGCCAGCAGCCUCUUUUAGAUAGCUCACUGCCAAUUGAAGAUGCCAUCACCCCAAGUUGAACCGUG